GAGAAGACAGUUUGGCACGGGUUUGACAGCAUCGCCACAGGGCCGAUACAUUCAAGUGUCACAGCUGGAAAUGCAUUGCACUAACUUCUCAGGAGCAUCAGGUCCAUGAGACUGUACCGCUUUGGUUUGUUUAAAUGGCGACUUUUUAGUUUAAGGUAGAAAAACGCAGUUUGGGCUACUUUUACUCUUAAAAAGCUUUGGUGCACUAGAUCUAGCAAGCUCUACUGCGUGCACUUUUUAUUUUCAACUGAUAAGUUAGGGCAUUCAGGGGGAACGUUUACAUAAAUAAACGAUGUUAUCCGGCUCGUCUCCAGUUCCCUAGUGUCUUUUCGUAUCACUGUUUGUCGUUGGUUUUUUUUUUAUUUUCCUCAAGAGGCUCUGGAACCUACUCCACCUUUAUCAAAAACGCGCACACCCCUUCCCAGACCCUCGCUAGCAUGGGAAUUCCCAGCCCUUUCUCGGGACGGUGCUGCAUGCUCGCGUGUGGAGUUUUGGCCGUUUUUCUGGGGAUGUUCCUGCAAAGGUCCGAAGCUGGCUGCGCGAAACGGGGGGAUUCGAAGUGCUGCACAGGGAGGAACAACGAGUGCUACGAAUAUACAAGGAGAAGGGCGGUCUGCUACUGCGACACGUACUGCCAGAAAACGGGGGACUGCUGUGACGACUACCAGCCCGUCUGCCAGAUAUCGGCAGCUAUCGAUUGUGUAGUGGGUUCCUGGGGUCCCUGGUCCGAGUGCGGCUCCCUGUGUGGGGUGGGAAGCAAGGAGAGGACCCGCCAGGUGUCCGUGCCUCCGCGCAAUGGAGGGGCGCCCUGCCCCGACUUAAAGCAGCGACGGGGCUGUUUUGGGCACAACGCCGUCUGCAACUCUGCCAGAGAGGUGGCCAAAAUCUUGCCUGAUUCCUUUAAAAGGAACUUCAAAGACCCCUGGAGACGGCCACACAUGCUUAUGAAAGAGGAGAAGCCCAGCUACUGCGUGUACCUGCGAGUGAAGCAGGCUAGCCAGCCGUGUCGUCUGGGCUUCUGGUCCACCCAGCUGGUGAGGGAGCGAGCCGUCUGCGUGGAGUGUCAAGGAGACGCGAUGGGCAGCAGGGGGCGCUGUGAUGGAGAGGGCCUGCAAGGAACGAGGACUUUUUGGACUGCAGCGUCGGUGCCGGGGUGCCAGGGGUCGUGGGUCCGCGAGUCCUCCGCCGAGGAGUGCAGGUGUCCGGCGCGUUCCUUCAUUUUCGUGUAGGCGGCGCGACAGGCGCCCACGAACACGCGGGGAACUUUUCGGGGGGGGACAAAAACCUGCCAGCCACCGUGGAAUCGUCACAGCCUGAUGACGUAGGAACGAGGAUCUGCCUUCUUGUUAGACGUCUUUUGAUACACCUCAUGUAAUAAAUCUUAAUUUUUACGCGCACGAAAACCGUAUAUAACGCCACAUAAAUGUGUACCUUUUACUUCAAAGCACAAAAAAUAUCUGUAAGCCUUUUUACCUCUGAAACUUUGCUAUCUACCUCCAUAAAUGCAGCUGCAUUUAAAUAUAUAAAUAUAUUAUUUUGCUGUAUAAAUGUUCUACUCUACUUGUUAUUACAAUUUAGUAUGAGAGCUGCUCAAGAGCAGCUCAUUUAAUCCCACAGCUACUGUGUUCUAAUCCUUUCUGCACUUAGAGCACAGCUGAGUCAAACGGAAGUCUGUGCACUAGGGUUUCGGAUAAAGGAGCUCAUGCAAUAUCUGAAUUUGGGCAUAUAUUCAGAUGUUUUUCAAGCACAACAAGGCCAUCAAUCCUCCAAGCUCUUAUUCUGGGAGGUAUUUCUUGAGAAAUUUAAAAUAAUGUGUGUAUCAUAGUUGUACAACAUUGGAUCACAAACCUCUUUGAUAGGGUCCUUUGAUAUCUCUGUGGUGAUCUUUCUUUCCCAUAUUACUUCAUUGUCAGGAGACCACAUGCUAGGAUUCUUUAUGGAGGGGGAAUUCAAGACACUAGGGGCCGUAGUUCACUUAUUGAAAGCCUGUCCAUAUUUUGUACAAACACCUUUAGUCACAGGAGAGAAUUUUAAGGAAGAAGCCUGUGUUGAGGUAAAUGUCUGCAGAACUGACACAGUAUGUUAAGGAUUCUGUUUGUUUUCAUACUACUAAUUCAAAUUAUUUCAGUGAAAUACUGGAAACAUUUAACUGAAACACUGUUUUCUAUUAAUUAGGCUAAAAAAUCUGUACCAUUGAAGUAGACCUCAAUGUUUGUUUUUUCUAAAGUAUUUCUCCAUUUGCUGAGGUGACUAACCUUUGGUGUUUAAUUGUCUUUCCCAGUUUUUAUCCUUACUAUUCUUAUCAUUGUCAUUAAUGUUUAUCAUUUCCGUGAUAUCUUAUCUGUGUUUUUUUUAAAUGAUUGAAGUUUAAAAACAUACUUUCACCAAUGUUUUUAAUUGCAGUGAGAAAUUUGCUUACACAGACGAUUAUAACGACCAAAGAAAUCCUUUCAAAGCUCAGGGCUUUCGGAAAUAAAAGUGGGUCUCAGCUCAGUAUAAGUUUCGGUGUUACCUUGUAGUCGCUGGUGUGCUCCAAAAGAGUUCACACAGAUGUUUGGUAAAAUCUGUUAGGAGAGAGGAAUUGAACUAAAAAUGCUUUGAAAAUGACUUUUUCAUUCAGAUUGAAUUUAUUUUUUGCAACGAAAUCCAAGUGUCUGAGCAAGGUUUAGACACAUGAAGAAAUUAAAUUGGAUCAAGAGAUUCUUGACUUUGCCCAGUGAACGCAGGGGUUGUCGAUUUAGAAUAUGAUAGCAUAGAAGUGUACAAAGUAUCUAUCAGGGAAGUAAUUAUUAAAUAUAGUGAUGAAGAAAAGCCAUGGUCUCCUCAGUGUGAUAUAUUUGAAUACACAACAUUGUGUAUGACAAAAUAUACUGUACACCACAAGUAAUUUAAGUCAUUGACAAAAUGCUAUCACAAGAGAAAUACCAAUCCAAAACAGCUGAUAUAGCUCUUUUAAGUAGGAAAAGAGUUGUGUUCUGCUUCUGGUCAAUUUAAGGUCCUUCUACUGAGUAUCAUUGGGAUUACAGUAAUUUAUGUACUUUUACUGUAAGGGAACAAAAUAAUGCAUAACUUAUUUUUAAUGACAGAAAGUAGAGGAGUCCUGCAGGAUCUUGUUUUUUUUUUUUGUUUUGAAGCCCAGUUUCUCCUCUGUGGUCCCAUCCUAGGCAUCUCAUUUCAGAUAAAUCAGCAUGGCCUACAUGGAACACAAUAGCCUCCAAAGUGAUUCAUAUCCUUGCUGGACUGCUACUCAAAGCUGGUUCAACAUUUGCUGUCACAGUCUGUCAAGGGAAUAGAUUUGGAGGGAACUGUAUGUGUAAAAUGGAAUGCUAUUCAAAACGAUUUUUUAUCUUAUUGUUUUAUAACCUUCCAACACUGUAUGUAUACUGUAUAUAAAACAUAUAUACUACCAAAGUUGUAACUUUGAUGUUUAUUUGUCUAGACGUCAAACCCACCAUUUUUGUAUUUUCAAAUAGCACUAGAGCUCCUAUAAUAAAUUGUGGAUUUUUAA